AUGCCCAGUAAGCGGCUACUAUACCUCAACAUGAGUCAUUUCGCCGAAGCUGGAGUUCGACCGACGUCGUUUCUCAUCGACGACAUUUUGGUGAACAAACCGAAACAAUUUUUACGAGAGUAUCAAGCCCUAUCAGCCUUUGCCCGUCCCUCCCUGCCUCCGGACUACGCCUAUGCCUACCUACCUAAUCCUGCGUUCCUCAACCAUCAUGGCAUACCGACUCAGGCCUUCCUUCAUCACAAACAGGCCGACACACCCUUCCUCAUUCCCGCCACAGGUUUUCCCCUGUCUCCGCUCUUCCAACACGACAGUCCCGGCAAACACUGUAGGCGACGAAAAGCCCGGACGGUUUUCAGUGACCAGCAGCUAAACGGCCUGGAGAAGAGGUUCGAAUCUCAGCGCUAUCUCUCAACACCCGAGCGAGUCGAGUUGGCCUCACAGCUCAGUCUGUCCGAAACACAGGUAAAGACAUGGUUUCAGAAUCGAAGAAUGAAACAUAAGAAAAUGCAGAAGAAAGUGCAGGACGAUUCUGAUGGGAAAAUGUCCAACCCCGAUGACGAACAGCAGCAACAUUCUGACGAGGAACUGACCAACGAUACAGGGGCGGAGGGCUCAGACCACUCUGGUCAGUCGGAGGACCUGGCCCGGGGAUCCACGAUCAGCCCUUCCCCGGUCAGUCGGCUAAAGGGAUUGGAAUCGGAUUCGGACAAUGAGGAAAUUGAUGUGGUAGAACCAGAAGCCGCCAAAACAGAACAAUGGAAAGUUCCGAUGCGAUGA